AAAAUUUUUCCGAGCUGUGGUCGGAAGGACGACGGGUGGUGAAGGAGAAAAGGAGAAAAGUGGAAUUUUUUCUUAGAUUCAGCAAUAACUCCUAAUUCACACGUAAACUCCCUCGCUUGCUGAAAAGCUGAAGUACUUCAAACCAGAGCUAGAGCUUCAAUUUCAUUGUCGCUCAAAUCCAAUCCUAUGGCGUCACCCAAUCAUAUCGACGAUGAGGACGACUUUGGCGGGGAUUUCUCUGGAACUCGACGCUCAGGGACUAAGAGAAGCUUUGGAGAGCUGGAUGACGAAAAAGAGGACAUUUUUGGUUCCAAGAAGGGAAACAUAAAACUGGAUGAAACUGCACCUGGUGCUGCAACGGGGACAAUUUUGUCCCUGCGUGAGAGUCUUAAGAACUGUGAAGAAACCCUUGCAACUUGUCAGUCAGAACUUGAAGCUGCCAAGUCUGAAAUACAGAAGUGGCAUUCUUCCUUUCAGAAGGAACCUUUCAUAUCUCCUGGAACAACCCCUGAACCUGAAGUUGUAAUCAACUAUUUUCAAAAUUUAAGGUCAUCUGAGGAGUUGUUACAGGAACAGCUGGAAAAAGCAAAGAAAAAAGAAGCUGCAUUUUUAGUCAAUAUUGCGAAAAGAGAUCAAGAAAUAGCAGAGUUGAAGUCUUGUGUUCGUGAUCUCAGAGUACAACUGAAACCGCCGUCCAUGCAGGCAAGGAAAUUAUUGUUAGAUCCAGCUAUUCAUGAAGAGUUCACACGAUUAAAGAAUUUGGUAGAGGAGAAGGAUAAAAAGGUCAAAGAGUUGCAGGACAAUAUUGCUGAAGUGAAUUUUACCCCACAAAGCAAGAAUGGGAAGAUGUUAAUGGCUAAGUGUAAGACUCUCAUGGAGGAAAAUGAGGAGAUUGGUAAACAAGCUAAUGAAGGAAAGAUACAUGACAUGGCAAUGAAAUUGGCUUUGCAGAAAUCACAGAAUGCUGAGCUUAAAGGUCAUUUGGAAGGGUUGUGCAAACAAAUAGAGGGACUGACUAAUGAUGUUGAAAUAUCAAAUGAAAUGGUAUAUCUUUUGCAAGAGAAGCUGGAAGAGAGGGAUAUGGAUAUCAGACGGUUGAAGAAAGAGCUAGAGCAAAGACAUAUCGAGGAAGAGCCACUCGAUAAAACCAUCACGGAGGAAGAUAAGCGCUCUUCUGAUGAUAAGUGUGCCACCAUUGAAGUGUUAAGUUAACUACUGGCUGUCCUACUCGAGUUCACUCUUAGAUAUACUACGUAUUUAGUUUGUUUUAUAUAACUAUUUUAGGCUAACUGAAGUCUUGCAUGUGUAUACUGUAAAGACUCGAUGUGCUUUCAUUGGGUUGGAAAUAAUGUGCAUUUGAGAAAGGAAUUAUAGUUAGUCUAUUUAUAUUAGGAAUAUAUUUACAUCAUUGAGAAUCUAUAUUUAUUUGGGGAUUUUACAGUAAUAUUACUAAAUGGAAACUCAUGGACAAAUAUAGGACUCAUUUUAAAAAUUUCCAAAAAAGAGAUCUAUAUAGCUUUUAUACCCUUCUCUAG